AUGGCGUCAACUUCCGAGAAACGGUCAAGUUUGCUCAACGAGAAGCGUACCAGUGUACAGAUGAAGGUGAGGCGCCACGAAAAGUGUGCGAAACUCGUCAAAAACCCACUCAUUUUCAGACCAGCUUUUCGCAGGAGGUCUACAAGACUCCGAUCAAGCAAAUUCUGACAGCUCCGUCGCAAUCGCACUCGAGAAUCACACCCGGAGGACAGGUAAGGCAACACUGAUUUCAAUAGUCCACGUUUUCAAAUUCUGUUUCAAAUUCGAACCUGCUAUAGUUGAAAUCCAAAAUUAGACUGAACAAGUCUGUGCACAAUAUUACUUUGACUAGUCAAAUUCAAAGAACAUCGACAGCUUCUUGCAGCUGUUUCUGUGCGUGAUGGGUCUUCUGAUCAGCGUGGCCAUUUGUGUGUGGCUGGCCGGAUUCAGCCGCGAAUCCGGAUGGCGUCGUGCCGUUUUCGCCUCCGCCGCCGCCUUCUGCGCCAUUCUCUUCGUCCUCCUCACCAUCAUGACCUAUCGGCGCGCCAAGAAGUAAGAAACAUUGAAAUUGGCACUCUUUUGGCACCACACACAUUUUUGCAGCCCGCCAGAGCCGGAACCCCUUCCGGACCUGUCUCAGCGCCGUUCGACGAUCGGCGCGCGCGUCAGUAAGCGAUCGAUUGCAGCCGGAAUGAGCGGAGACGACUGCCCGACUCAGGUAAUUGAAAAAUCUGUUUCACGUCAAAUUUGAAUGCAAACAUAUAUACCGAGCACGUGCAUUCAGGUUCGAGUUUAGCCUCAUUUUAAAAAGGAAAAACAAUUUCGCAUGUUCUAAAACUUCGAAAUCUUCUUUUUUGCAGGUCCUAGUCACCGGCACACGUGGAUCCAUUCCUUCCUAA